AUGCCUGCUGCAAACCCGGUCUUGAUCCAAGACAUCCCACGAUCUCGUAACGAGCCACCGCCGGUAUUUUUGAUCCACGAUGCGAGUGGGCUUCUCACUAGCUACUUCAAGGUUGGAUCGAUAGGACGUAAAGUCUAUGGAAUAUGGGAUCCCAAGUUCGAUGCCGAUGGCAUUGGCGGGUGGCAGAGCGUAAAGGAAAUAGCUGAAGCAUAUAUCCGCCUGAUCAAAAGAGUUAUGCUUAGAGGAGAAAUUGUUCUCGGUGGAUGGUCAUUCGGCGGUGUUCUUGCAGUGCAAAUCGCCCACAUGCUAGCGACCUCAGGUCGUGGACUACGCGUGUCGCGAAUAAUCCUCAUCGACUCUGUCUACCCCCGUUGCCCUCGGCCAGAGGCUCAAAAAGAGCCAGCAAAGCUACACCACGCCCCAGCUUUACCCGGCGUCAACCAAGAGACCCGCGACAAGCUUAUGACGGCCCUCAUGCGAGCCACAUGUCUGUCCGACCAGUGGGAGCCCCCGGCAUGGUCGCUGCCGAGGACCGGUGUUCUUGGAACAGCCCGCUCCCGGGACGUCGACCCAACCCCGCCGCAUGCGGUGCUUAUCCGAGCCAAAGACUUGGUGCCCAUGGCGGACCCGAGUGAGAAGUGUCCUCUAGAUAGGACUCGAUUCUUGCCUCAACUUGGUUGGGAAGAUAUGCUCGAAGGCUUCGUGGAGCAAGUCCUCGAAACUUCUGGCAAUCACUACAGUGUAUUCGAUCAAGAACACGUAAGUGGUCAUUGAAACCCGCACAAGAUGUUACAGAACUAUCUG